CCUUCUGCAUUCAGGGUUGGCCAAUGCUUCAUUCCGUCUCGGUGCUCGGAUCAAUCCGUUCACGGUGUAUGACAUUUCUGACCAAUCCUUGUGAAGGAGGCGAGGUUUGUAGGAAUACGGGUGGGAAAAAUGAAGGCGACGCAGAUGAGUUCCACGUGAAAAAGUAUCAACCAUGGCACCAGCACCACAGGAGCCAGAGAUUGCCCUCGCUCAAAGACUAGCAUCAAACGACAAACCUGUUAGGACUAAAGCCUUAAAGACGCUCAGGAAGUACAUUAAUCUCCGAUCUCAAAAAAUCGAAGGGGGUUUUACGAGUGAAGACUUGCUGAAGAUAUGGAAGGGGCUUUUCUACUGCCUGUGGAUGCAGGACAAGCCUCUUUUGCAGGAGGAAAUUUCACACAGAAUCUCUGGCCUGAUUCAUAGUUUCCACACCGCUGACAACCAGCUGCUGUAUUUUGCAACAUUUCUCCAGACUGUAAAGAGAGAAUGGAACGGCAUCGACAGACUUCGCAUGGACAAAUUUUUCCAGCUGGUUCGCUUCAUGUUCAGACAAGCUUUUGAGGUUCUCAGGAGGAGGGAGUGGGAGUCCAGUGUGGUAAAUCAGUUUUUACAGGUCUUCACAGAACAGCUUUUGCAGAACACUGACUGUGUACCGAAAGGACUGAUGCUGCACAUUCUGGACCUCUACAUGGCCGAGUUGGCUCAGGUCGGCUCUGCUGAGCUGACAGCAGAACAGAACCUGACUUUCAUCGACCCCUUUUGCAAAACCAUGGCCAAGACCAAAGAUCUCUUGCUGUUAACCUCCAUCUCUAAGAACAUCUUCAAGACUAUAGUGGAUCACGCACCUUUUGCAAUUGAAGACCUGAUGAGGGAGCUGCAGCAGGGAGGAGGAGAUGAUUCAGAUUCCGGUCAGGCUUCUGGGGAGGAGGAGGAAGAAAUAAGAGAGGAAGAGGAGUUGAAGAACAAAGCACCCAAGAAGACUAAAGUGAAGAAGGUCAACGGCAUCCCUGAGGUAGUGGAAAACAGCAAGGGCAGUAAAGAUGACCUGGAUUUGGACAGCAUGGCUUCUGAAGAGAAUGACUGUGCUGAUCCUGUUCUACAGUUUGACUACGGUGCAAUAGCUGAUCGUCUUUUUGAGUUAGGCGGCCACUCGAAUACGCGGAACAUCAACCGCACAAAGAUGUACAGCUUGGUGACGAUUUUUCGUGAUUUAAGUGAAGGUAUUUUCCCUCAAAAAGAGGAUGAUAACAGCGACGUGAGUGACACAUCAGAUGAUGAGAUAUUUAAUAGAAAGAAGAGCAAAAAGAAGAAGAAGAGGAAAAAUGAGAAGCCCACAGCUGGAGAUGAAACUGUGGUUAAGAAGAGCAAAGCUUGUCAAGAUGAACAGAAGCCAAGUGAUUCAGGGCAGGAUGGCUCAUUGAAUACAGAAAACCUUAAGAAAAUGGAAAAAAAGGAUGAAGAGAAUAUAGAACUUACUGAUACAGAAAAAGCCACGGACACAUCACAUGUUCCACUGGAUGCAGGUGGAACUCCAGGAGAGCAAGAUAUGGAAAAGGAAAGAGUGGUUCUGAAAGAUCAUUCCCAGCAACAUCAUGAGUUUGACAGCCACCUGAAGACCUCAAAAAUAGAAGCUGAUGGUGAAACAGUGUUUCGGCAUAAUGAAUCUGGCUCACAAAGCCAAUUGGAGGCCAGUAUCACUGUCAAGAAGAAGAGGAAAAGUAAAAAGCUGAAGACAAAUUCACAGGUUGUGGGAGAAGUAGCAGCACAUGAAUUUCAGCUUGUUUUAGAGGAAUCUGAUGAACACCAGACUGACAGUUGCAACAUGGGGUUGAAGCAGAAAGCUUUCAAAACAAUGUCAGGCAUUGGGAGCACUCAAACUAGCACAGAUGUAAAAGCAUUAGGCCAGAGCUGUGCAGAUCAUAAGCCUGAAAUGGCAUCAUUUGUAGAAAGUCCUGUGGAAGCUGGACAGGCUGAAAGUGGUAUUUCUCUUAUGCAGGAGAAAACUAAGAAGAAAAACAAGAAAAAGAAGAUGAAUGUGGGAGAGGAGAAAAAGGACACAGAAACCAAUGGACAAAUUGUGGAAAAACCACCAGAGGAGGUUCCUCUUCACAGCCAACUGGAGACUGAUGUUGACAAAAUAAAAUCCCAGGGGGGUGAUGCUGGUCAGUUAGAGGCCAGUACUAUGGUGAGAAAGAAGAAGAGGCAAAGCAAGAAACUGUGCUCAAGCUUACAGGAAGUUGGGGAAGAAGUAGCAGUCCAAUCUCUGCCUAAAGAACACAGUGCCAGUGAAGACAACAGAAAGCUGUCUACACCUCAGAAAGUAGACAAGGACAACACCACAACACAAAGACAGCUGGGGACAAGUACCACAGAAAAAAAGAAGGUGAAAAGAAAGAAACUGAAGUCCAGCUUACAGGAAGUUGAAGUAGCAGUUAAAACUCCAUCUAUAUUGGAGGACAGUAAUAAACACAGCAAUGAUGAUAUCAGCAGAGAUCCUUGUCCUACAUCUGAGGAAGAUAUCUUAACACAGUGCAGACUGAAGGCAGGCACCUCCAAGAAAAAAAAGGGGAAGAGCAAGAAGCUCAUGUCCAGCUCACAGGAAGUAGGGAAAGAAGUAGACUCCACAUCACAAGACCGCUGUGCAGAGGUUGUGACAACAGAUAUAGCAACACCUGCUGUUGAAGUGACAAGUGCCAAAGCUCAGCCAUCAGAAGAUCUCAUGGUGAGGACAAAGAAAAGCAAGAAGAAGGCAAAAGAGGAAACUGGGAGCAAACUUCAGGUAGCUCUAGAUGUCGAAGAACCUGAGAUGUCCUCAGACAGUGCACACAUUAAUACUAAUGAGAAUAAUGGUGAUACUGCUGAAUGUUCUCAACCCAAAUCAGUGAAGAAAGGCAAGAAAAAGAAAUUGCUUUCUUCAAAUGAGGAAGAGUCUACACUUGAAGCUAAAAAACAGCCUGCGCUAGAAGCUGUUUCUACAAAACAGACACACACACCACAGAAAAAGAAGAAAAUCCAGAAGAAACAAGAAAGUCAGCCUGCAGAAGAAGCAAACAAAGAACCCAUUCUGAAGAAGACCAUAAAGGAGAAAGCAGGAAAAGAUGUACAAGAUACUGUGCCAUCGGAUGACAUCUGCACACCUGAAAUUAAGUCCCUCACCACAAUUAAAAAGGGGAAAAAGAAGAGGAAGCUACAGACAGAUGAGGCAGAAAUGUCUCAGAGUAUUGGACAUGCAGAGGAGGAGACGGAUGGAAAGAAAGUGAAAAUCAGUGGCACCGAGGUUUUCACAACAGUAACCCCUAAGAAGCUGAAGAUGGAAAAAGCCUCAUCAAAAUCUGACUUUGUCUCCUUUCAGGGUCUAAUAAAGCCCCCCACUCCACUCUUCUGUAAAACCAAACCAAACAGCAGCACACCUCUGGCCAGCAUCAAGCAGAAAUUCCAAACUCCAAAGUCAGAAACUAAGAAAGUGACCUUUGGGCUCAAGAACAAUAAAACCACUGAAUUCAGGAAGACAGACAGGAGCUUGUUGGUGAAUCCUGUCGGGUCGUCCCGUGUGGCCUUUGAUCCUAAAAAGAUGCCAGUGUCAGGGGUGCUGAAGUCACCUUCACUGUCUCCAGUCCUGAGUGUGACAAAACCUGCAGCCAAGAAAAGAGCAACGGCAGCAGAUUUCUUCUAAAACCACAGCUUAUGUGAAAGUUUCUCCUUAUAUUUUGUUUUGGCUAGGGGUAUGUUGUUUUAAUUAAGCCCCAUUCUGAAAGAGCUCAUGAGUUUAUCCUGACUGACACAAUAAAAAUAAACUUUGAUUAAAAAUUUUAACUUAUGACAUACCUGUUGCUGACUUUUUAUACAGAAAGCAAAUCAGUUGAAAGUGGACAUAGAUGAAGCCUGAGAGUAAAAGUAAAUAUUUUCAACCCUGUAUUGACAUUUAGUGUAAUAUUUUGAGAAGACGGUAUGUAAGAAGUUUUCAGCUGAACUGGGUUUCGUACCUUCGUCUUGUGGCUUUAAUAAAACAUUUCUUAUUUGGUAAAGAUCA